GAAGAGCCAGUACUUGGGACCAUACGUACUGACUGGAAAUUUUUUUCGUCAUCAGCAGCUUGUGACUGCAAAGUGACACAUCUGUGUCGUCGUCAUUUCUGUUUCCAUCACGACUGUUAGACUUCGCGGAGCACAACAUGACAUGUUGGACGAUACUUCGUACUUAGUAAGCACGAUACAGCAGCAAUCGAUUCUUCGGAGAUUUAAAAACCAAAACCAAUAGAAGUAAUUUCCUUGUGUGCACCCCUCACGAUGAAAGGCCUAUUGGGAACCAUGUACAACGAUGAAAUGAAUGUCACUGGCAGAGAUCUUCGGGAGGUCGGUGUCGAGAUCGAUGCAGGUGACAAUAUCACGGUCGAGGUCGAUGUCACCCGGUGUGGCGAUAUGAUUGAAAACAUCGAUGGUCCAAACACCAGUAAGUUAGCCGCUGAUCAAGUGCACGAUGACAACCAUGGUGGUAGAUAUUUGGUUGUUGUCAUUGAUGGCUAUCCUAUCCGCCAUCUCAUUGACUGUUCACUCAAAUUUAUGCUCACAUAUCUACGUUGAUGCCCUCGUCUAGGUAAUCUUCCAGGAGACGCUUUUGGUGAAGAAGAUUGGAUACGACAACUCCAAGGAAAUCAGCUUCAAGAAGGCAAUCUCAUUGGACAGGGCAGCGACAACGGCCUGAUUCACCCCCAGAAACCCCAGUAUCAUCUUGCUUACGACCAGAACAUCUCUCUCACCGGUGCACUAUCGGGAAGCGGCAAUAGCAAUAGGAAUGGUCCACAGCCGGAGCCAUUGCAGAAUACAGGAAAAUUAAGCAUCCAGGAGCCGCAACCGAUAUCUCAGUUUCAAGUUUUCGAUGGUUUACCGCAACUACAACAUGGCGCAGACAAUAUAGGAGUUCUCGACAACUUGUUCCAGCAGCAACAACAGCAACAAUGCUUUCCACUUGGCAACAACACAAUCCAAAGAACGGAGUCUUCCUCAGAGACAAACCAAGCACAAGAGCAGCAAAUACGUUGUCUGCAACAACAGCAGGAACAGCAACUUCAACAGCAAACGCCAGCCCCCAUUCUACAACAAUCCCUCAUUGAGCUACAAAAGCUGCAAGAGCAGCAGCAGCACCUGCAAGAGCAGCAGCAGCAAAUCCUGAAAAACAUUAGUAAUGCCGGUUUGAUAGACGCAAACGCUUUUGCGAACCCACUUGGUACGUUGCUAGGCACUCUCAUUGGGCAAGGCAACGGCAAUGGCGGUGGGAGUAGCAACAGUCAUAAUACCGGCAAUGCUGCGAUUCUUGGUGCCUGCACAUGGGGUCAAAUCCCAGGUCUACAAGUACAAAUAAAUAACAAUACUUCACCAAACCCGAUAGCAACGAUACCUAAUUUAGAUCCCCAAAUUCAGGCGCUUCCAGUGGGUUUUGGUGAAAAAUUCGACCCCAUCCAGGACUCUCGACAGAAGCAAUUCCAUGAACAAGUACCGUUGGCAGAAAGCCAACAUGCACCCGACAAAAGCCACAUUUCGAUCGAAGACAAAAGCCACGUCAUUGGUACCAACGAGAACAACGCUCACAUUAGUGCUGUUAUGAAUCCGUCGCCGGCGAUACGGAAAACCGAUAAGAAACGAGAACCCAACCCCUUCCCAAAACAACUCUGGGAGGCAAUGAUGACGGAUGGUUACUCAAAUCACGAUGCAUAUGAAUGGCUUCCAGAUGGUAAAUCUUUUGUUGUGGUCGACUCGACUAAAUUUUGCACAGAAAUUCUGGAUAGGCACUUUAAGCAGUCCAAAUAUGGGAGUUUCGUCCGAAAACUUCACCGGUGGGGCUUCAUCCGGUUGACUAGUGGCACUGGAACCGACUGUUUCCAUCAUCCAAUGUUUCAGCGAAACAAUCGGGAUCUGGUGACAAAAAUCAAAUGCAACACCAGGAAUGGAAAGAAUGGAAAGGAGAAGGGCCACAAUCCAUAUGCGAGAGGGGACAUAAUGCACAGUGUGCAACCAAGCCUAAUGGGGGUCGAAAAGUUCACACGUACAAAAGUAGUUUCUCCAGAUUCCGCCGAAGACAUCAUGGCGUGAACGCCACUAUCAAUUACAUUCAGAUAUAUUGCGCUUCUCUCUUGUGGAGAAAAGCGUCGGCAUAGGCGAUGUAUUCAUGAAAAUAUCCUGUUCUGUGUCAGUCUUUGCUAUCUUCCCUAAUUGUCUUGCUCAAAAACAGCAAUAGUGCUACUACUAGUAAUAGUACUAUUGGGGAAUACAACGAUCCACUAGCUACUACUACUAGUAGUUGUACAUACUAGUACCAGAUGGGACCUGUUGGAGGAACAUACCCAGUCUUUCUCGUCGUGUUAUCGUCCCUCAAACAUCCUUGUCACUGCAGGUCCUUUAAUUCAUCUGCAGAGUACUACUGAUUAUACUUCUUGUACUAGUAGUAGUAACACAUAUGAGUGGUUCUUCUGCUGGUGGCUGGUAUGACAAGACUUACUAAUUGUCCUGUUCUUGACCAAUGGUCAGGCAAGAAUAUCCUCCAGCACAGCAUUCCUGGCAGCAACAACGAAGACAAGAAAGAAACAAGUUAACAUUUU